AUGACGGAUGACAAAAUGGAAGACAUUCAUCUUGGAGAUGACAGUGACGAUGAGAACACGGAGGCUGUGACUUCGGCCGAUACGGGGGAAACGAAGAAGGUGGAUGCUGACGCCUCAAAGACAGUUGGUACUGAAGAAACUACUGAGGAAACACACGAACCCGAGACUGCGAAGAACCCAGAGCCCAAAGACGAAUGUGCCAGUGGCAAAGACUCUGACGACAAGGCCGCCAAAGACAAAAAACCGGAGACUCCAGACUCUUCCUCUGAGGCUCCCCAACUACACAAGACUUCUACGUCUAUCCCCCCAAAAGGUGCCACUUCCACGGUUAACGAUAUCACAUUCUACACCGUUGGAGAGGCAAAAAACUGUGACACGCUCAUUGUCGUGCUCACAAACUACCUGGGUUUCCAGUCCAACAACAACCUGUUGUGUGCCGACUCCAUUCAUGAAACCACCGGCCUGCCUGUCGUACUGAUUGACUCCACCGGCAACAACCCGGCCAUGCAUGUCAUGAGACUCAAGGGCGACGAGGAAUUGCCCCACCUGCCUCCUCCUCAGACCAAGCCCAAGUCACAGUCGGGGCCGUCGUUCUUGGGCAAGUUCAAGAGUUGGUUUGCCGGAUCAGUCUCGGGAUUUUUUGACGACAUGUGGCUGGCCGCACACUCGUACGAAAAGACAAUUGGCAUUGUGCAAUCUUCCAUCGAACAAGUGUACCAGGUAUACACCCCUGGACAAAUCAUUGUGGUUGGCUAUGGCUUUGGAGCCCGGUACGUGCUUCCGCUGUUGAAGAGAAGUUCACUUUUCAACCCUCAUGAAGAGGACGACGAAGACUCCAGCCCCUGGGAAGUCAGAGAUAAGGCCAACGCGGAAGACCACAUUUUGUCCGGAGUGGCCGUCAACCCAUCAUUGACCACCCUGGACGAUUUCAAGCACGUCCAUAAGCCUCUCCUGUUCAUCUAUAGUGACGACAACGAGAUGCUUCCUCGAACGACCGUUGAGCAAGGUUUCCGACUCAUCCCCGGAAAAGAUGCCGAGCGGAAGGCCAUUUCUCAGAAUCCUCCUUUGCCCCAUGGGUUUGCCAUUCCUGGCGAUUACUCUGAGGACGUGGUUGGAAACAACCCCCAGGAGGUGUUUGAGAUGAUUGACAAGUGGGUCAAGGCGCAGCUCACUAAGGAGUAA